AUGGCGGCUGAAAACCCUUCGCCGCCCUUUUUUCCGUGGGAAUUCGCAGAAAACCAACAAAAACACAAAAAAGAUCUGGAGCAGCUCGGCUGGGCGGAAGCGGCCGAGGGAGAGUGGCUCGCGCAUGCAGCCAGCGGCUGGCUUUGCAAUCCAAAAGAAAAAGUUUUUUUCAACGCGGAGAAGAACCUUUUGGUUCCUGCAGAUCCGCGGGAAACCGAGCUGGGAGCAGCAGCAGCAGCAGCAGCUGCUGCUGCUGCUGCUGCUGCUGCUGCUGCGGAGUGGCGGCCAGCUGGCGAGGAGGCUUUUAAUGGCGAGAAGGGAGAAAACCAAGAAGUUGAAAAAGAAGAAACGGAAACUGAAAAUGAAACGGAAAACUCAGACGCAGAGUCCGAUUUUUUGGUGGACUUGGAAGAUGAACUAGACGCAGCAACGUUUCAAAAACAAGUGUGCAGAAAGAAACAAAGUUUUUAA